AUGGCGGAAGUAAACAACCGACCGGUAUUUAAGAUGAAUAACGAUUUUUGGAAUCAUUCGCGAGGACCACCCCAAAACAUGCCACAGAAUUUGUCCAAUUCAAAUCAAAACUCCCCUGUUCCGGGUAGUACAAAUAGUAUACCAGCACAUUCCCCAUCUCAACAAAGUAAUUCAAGUCAAAUACACGUUGUUACACCUGGCGCAUUGGCGUUGCAACAAGCCAACAACCAACAACAACAACAAAAUCAAACGCAACAGAUGCAAAACAACGCUAUAACCCAGCAAAACAACGUCAACAACCAAAUGCAGCAAGUGCAGGCGCAACAAGCGGCGCAAGCUCAACAGCAGCAGGCAGUGCAAGCGCAAAACCAGCAACAACAGCAGCAAAACAACCAACAACCUUCGCAGCAAGGCACGCCUAAUCCUCAGCAACAAAACAACACCCCAAACCAGCAACAAUCGCCUCAUUUGGGUUCGCCGAACUCGCAAGCGCAAGCCCAGGCUCAAGCGCAAGCGCAGGCGCAAGCGUUCGCUCAUCAGCAGAUGUUGCAGCACCAACAGCAACUCGGUAGCGGUCAAAACUCACCGGACAAACUGAUGACCGAAAAAAUCGUUAAUGAGUUACAACUGCCGGAUUUCAAUCAACUGCAACGUAACUCUUCAGCGAUUUCGGAAAGGACUUUGGAAGAAUGCUGGACUACCCUUCAACGAAUUUUCAUGCACAAAUCUGCGAUGCAGAUGCAUGCGAGGGAAUUAACAGGACGUUCCGAGGUGAAACCGCACCAGUGUCAGCAGUGUUUGAAGAGUUUUUCCAGUAAUCAUCAAUUGGUUCAACAUAUCAGGGUUCAUACUGGUGAAAAGCCAUAUAAAUGUUCCUACUGCGACAGAAGAUUCAAACAAUUGAGUCACGUGCAACAGCAUACGAGGCUCCACACUGGCGAACGUCCCUACAAAUGCCAUCUACCGGAGUGCGGUAGGGCCUUUAUCCAGCUGUCAAAUUUGCAGCAGCAUUUGAGGAAUCACGAUGCGCAAGUGGAAAGGGCUAAGAAUCGUCCUUUUCAUUGCAACAUAUGUGGAAAAGGUUUUGCUACAGAAAGCAGUCUUAGAACACAUACAUCAAAAGUAAGCCAUUGUAUUGGUCGUUUGCAGCAACAUGCAGCUCUGAUUGGCGGACCGAACGCCACCUCGUGUCCACUGUGUCAUAAAAUGUUUUUGGGCGGGGAAGCCCUGAUGGAACACAUGAAGCACACCCACAAGGACCCCAAUGCAAGCGGCGUUGCCAUUGUUGACGUAAUCGACCCGUAUUUAGCGAAACGUAGGACGGCCAAUCAUCCAUGUCCGGUGUGCGGCAAGCACUACGUGAACGAGGGCUCACUCAGAAAACACCUGGCCUGCCAUCCGGAAACGUCGCAGCUAUCUAGCAGCCUAAGAAUGUGGCCUUGUUCAGUGUGUCAGGCGGUAUUUACUCAUGAAUCAGGACUUUUAACCCACAUGGAGCACAUGAGAAUGGAUCCCAAGCAUCAAUUCGCUGCACAAUACGUUUUAUCGCGCGCAGCUGCCGAGAAAAGAGAACGAGACAACAUUUUGGGUGCUUUAUCGACUGCCUCAGGCAGUGGACUACUAGGAUUGGCUGGAAUGGGCACAACGAGUGGAAGCCCAAUGUGCGCAUCACCAAGCGCUCAUAGCGACAGCUCGUCCGGUAACGGAAGACUUUCAUCUGCAGGGUCAGAGGCUGGAGGCUUGAAUAACAACAAUAACAACUGUAAUACUAAAUUAGGUGAUAUCUUAAGAAGCAACAACGGCUUACACCAACAAUAUAGUGUUGAAGAUCAAUUCCACGGACGUAUGGCAGCCAUUGCUAACAUGGUCGGACAAGGCGGUAUCCCGCCUGGUUUAGGUUCAGACCCGUCCGCAGCCGCUAAUAUCGCCAAUAUCGCCAACCUAGCCAUGCGACUUGGUGUCUCACAGGCCAACCAAGUAAACAAUUCGAGCAACCCAUCCACACCGCCCAUAUCAAACGACGCGCUGUCGUCGCUAUCUGUCAACGCUAUGAACGCGAUGCGAGCCCGCAUGGACUCGAUGACGUCGAUGGACGUCAUACGCAACUCCGUCAUGGAUAUGACGUCAUCUCAGCAAAGCCAGCAGCAACAGGAAGCCUUCAGAAUGCAGCACGCAGAAGCUCUGAUUAGAUCUCAAGCAGAAACCGCGCUAAGACUUGCGAUGAGCCAGGCUUUACCCCAGUUGAACCAGCAGGAGAACAGCCAUAGCCCUUUGCGUCACAACGGUAAUUAUCAGGGUCACCAAGGGCAGUCCUCGCAACAAUUGAGCCCCGAUUUGACCGAAGCCUUAAGGCUUCAAGAGCAAAGGUUAGAGCAAGCAUUGAGGCUUCAUGGUAGCGAUCCGAGAUCGCUGGGCUUUUCCUUAGCCAGCCAACAGCAGCAACAGCAACAACCGUGA